GGCCGAUGUCCGGCACGCAGGGAGCGCAGCAGCGCCCCGCCCCGCCGCCGCUGACGAGCGUGAGCGGCGACCACGCGAGCUCCACGAGCCUGGCAGCGCCCACGGUCUCGCCGCGCCUGUCGUCGGCAUCGGGGCCCUCGCCCCGGGUGGCCGCCAGGGCCACCGUCACCUACACGGCCACGGUCACCGUGGAGGCCACCGCGGGCGACGGCGGGGACGGGGAGGACAGCUUCAACUUUGAGGAGGUGGAGGUGACCAGCCCCGCCGCGCCCAUGACCGCGACCACUUCGCACCGCUGCUUCCCCGCGUCCCCCGGCGCGCCGGAGCUCUCCCCGUCGGUGGCGCAGGCGCACUCGGACGCCUCCCGGGCGCUCGGCAGCGCGGGGGCGAGGCGCGCGGCCGAGCAGGCGGCCAAGGGCCAGCGCGAGGCCCGCGGGCCUGCGAUCAUGGCGGCCGCUGCUCGGGGGCGCACGAGGGCGCUGUUCGAGAGCAAGGUCCUCUGCAGCGGCACGCUCCUGGCCUCCCGGGGCGCCGCGGGCGGCGAGCGUGGCCGCGCGGGGCUGCUCGAGGGCCAGUUCGGGGCGGAGUUCCGGCCCCGCUGGUUCGCCAUCGUGGCGUUCGACAGGGGCGGCCUCAUGGACGCGCGCAAGCGGUUCGAGGUGGUGCUGCUGUGGACAGCGACAGAGAGCAAGUUCGAGCAGCUGCUGGAGCAGAUGCAGGAGAGCGACGAGGUGCCGAACAGCUACCGCCUGCGCCUGAGCAACGGCAGCUCUGCGUUGCGCCUGCCUCAGGUGCUGGGCAGCCUCGCGCUGCGCUCCGCGAAGAAGGUCAUGGAGAGCCGCAGGUUGGACCUGCCAGACAGCCUCUUCUCUGCGAUCGAGGUCGUCACCAUUGGCAAGAAAUACCUCUUGGGCGUCGAGAAGCAGGACGAUCUGAGCAGGUGGCUGCACGCUCUUCGGGCAUCCCACAGGCGGAUGCGCAACCUGAAGACCGUGAGGACUGGCUUGAGCAGAGUGAGAACUGGCAAGACGGACCUGUUCUUGGAGGAGGAGGAGACGGAGUACAACAAAUGGACGCAGGAGGUUGGCAUGCCGACCCUCUUCCACAUCCUGUGGUACGUGCUGGUGCUUUUCACCAUCGUUUGGAUCUGCUCGCUCAUCUGGCUCUUCAACCCAUACCUGGCGCCGUGCCGGCACAAGGAGGCAACCUACGCCGUGGAGGCCUCAGGGCAAUGCUUUGAGGUUGCCAGCGGUGCUCUCGUGGAAGGCUGCCUCAGCUGGCGCAGCCAGGCCGCCGCCAUGGGCUCCUGGCGGUCAUGGGUAUCGGACCUGCAGUCGAUUGGCCUCUUCGACAGAGAUCUUACGAUCGAAGGCGAGAGCCAGACGUGUUUCGAGGCGGUCGGAGGCUGGAAGCUCUUCUGGUUCUGGGGCUUCGUGGUCGUGGAGAUCAUCGGCAAGGCCUUCGCUUUGGGCUUCUCUCAGCUUAACUGGAAGGUCGUUGUGCGCGGGGCGCAGACGAUGGAUGAGAUGGAGCCCGCGUUUCCCGAGAGGGCUUGGCCGGAUGUUGAUAUUCUUUUGUGCCACUACUCGGAGCCCGCCGAGGAGACGAUGGAGACGUUCGCGAAGAUGCUGGAGAUGGACUAUCCAGCGUCGAAACUGCACAUCUACAUCUGCGACGACGGUUACUUCAAGUCCGACUUCAGAGAGGUGGGCGAGAAACCAGGUGCCAAUUGGCCAGAGCCACAGAACAACCACCAGCUGAUCCAGCUGACCGGGGACGUACGGCAGCUCACGGAGGAUCUGAUGGCCGAGUACGCGGCCAGGAGCGACCCAGACGGCGUGGCCAGCAUGGCGAGCGACCGCAUGCACGGUGGCGGAUCACCACGGAUGGCAACGGCCAGCGUCAGGCGCUCAAGUACAAGAAGACGGACGAGGUACUGCCUGAACCUUCGGACGCUGAGCGACGUGUUCCACGGACGGACUGCGCUGUGGGCUACGUCAAGGACACCUACUCCAUCCCGGGCAUGCCCCGAGUGA